AGGACAUCAUAAGUUUGAGGCGGGGGAAACUGCAAAAAUGUUUUGGCUUUUACAGUAGUGGGGUCAAAGCGGCUGUGUACAGUUUUAGGAGACUUAUGAUUUAAGAUAUCAGAGAUGUUGUACGCACAUGGAUAUAGAUGAAGGAAAUGAUAGUUUUCUGAACGGCCGACAAAAAUAUCAGGCAACUCACGAAAUCAAGACACUCGUUUCAGUCCAAUAUUCGUACAGCAGUUGACUGUGCUCAGUGAAGAUGGGAUGCGGCACAUCUAGUCAGUCUCAAAAGAAACCUAAGGUGGACCACGGUUUAGAUGUACAGGAUCUGACAGUUCCAUGUACAGAACAAGGAUAUCCGCCACCAUUGCCUCCUAAGGGCCGUAAAGCAGAUAUCUACAAGCCGAGUGAUUUCAAAGAGAUAGAAAAUAAUGCUAUUAACACGCCUGACAUCUUCCUAGACAGCUAUGACGCCUUAAUAGCACACCUCACAAGUGACGCACGAAAUGACCUUCAGAAGGUCAGGGCGAUAUUCGUCUGGUUGGGCAUUCAGAACAAAGGCGGUAAGAAAGGACCAAAAGCUGAAAAUCCAGACACUCCGAGAGCCUAUCUGCAACUGAUCGACAAGAAACUGGGCAGCUAUGCUUCAAUGUUUGCCUUGAUGUGUAGGAAAGCGAAGGUGCCUUGUGUCAUUAUCAGAGGCAUUGGCAAAAGUGCUUCUUAUGAAGUCGGGGACACAGACUUAGACCAUCUUAAAAACAACUGGAAUGCCGUUUUUGUAGCUGGUAACUGGAGAUUCGUUCAUACAUUGUGGGCGUACAUGUCGCUUCUGGGUCACAGAAGUGGAAACUGGACUCUGGUGGAAACAGGUGGAGUAAAGACUCAAGAGAAACAAGAAGCAUCUGUUGGUCAGUUAAACUUUCAGCUAAAUGAUUAUUGGUUUUUGACUGACCCAGAAAAGCUGUUCAUAAGCUGUUUCCCAGACAACCCAAAAUGGCAGCUGUUGGAGAGAACUCGAUCUCUUCAGGAGUUCAAGGAAGUCCCUUUCGUCAGGAAAGCUUUUCAUGCUUUGGGUCUCAAGAUAAAGUCAGUGCAGAAAUGUUUACUUCAAGCGGAGAAAGGAGAAGCCAGUAUAACCAUAGAGGUCCCGAAGAUUCAUUCAGGCAAAAUAAAGUUAACGUACGACUUGUUUUUCAAGGAUUCAGAGGCGUCCGAGAACACGGUGGACAAUAUUCAAUUGGAUCGAUUUGUCUUCAUGAAUUACCGAAAGCAAGAAGUGGAGUUUUCUAUCCGCUUUCCGGUUGUUGGUAUCUACAAAAUUUCAAUAUUCGGACACGAUAUUGAGGAGAACAGUGAGACGAUGGACUGGUUGUGUGAUUUCCGCAUUGAUUGUAGCUCUGCAAAGGAAGAGUGCCAGCCAUUACCGGACUGUCCGGAUAUCGGAUGGGGACCGAGUGUGGAGGCCCAGCAGGUGGGAAUGGAAGCCAUCACCCAUCAAGAGGGACUCAUCCCGCUCAAGAGACGUCAGAAGUUAGAUAUACAGUUCAAACUUAACAGGCCGACAGAGCUGAGGUGCGAAAUGCUGCACAAUAAAAUUCAGAAGUCUGACCUGAAAGACUUCGUGACAAGCGAAGUGACGCAGAAAAAAGCCAGUGUUAAGGUGAAAAAGUUGCCGGAGCCCGGAGAGUACGCUUUAAAACUCAACUUCCGACAGGCGGUAUCCGGGAAAGAAUUCGUUAAUGUGGUCAAUUAUUUGAUUAUUAAUCCACCAGAGGAGCUACCACCUCCGCCAAAGCCAAAAGAACCAAGACGAGAGAAUCCGUUUCUCCAAAACAUUCGUAAGGUUCUGAAAGACGCCAUCGAAGGAAACGAUAUGGAACAAAUCGAGCGCGCAAUGGCGGCAUUCCUGAAACAAAAACUGGAGGAUAAGGGUGAAUUGGCCAGUGCUCAGAAAAGACUAGAAUAUCUGCAGCUGAAGAAAGCCCUCCACGAUGCAAUAAGCAGACGCCACGUGGACGUCCUCCGUGUUGCCAUCGAUAACGCCAGAAACUCAGAGCACGUUGACGAGCUCAGUCCGCGUCCUCUGAAGGAAGCCGAACGCUUACACGCUCACCUGAAGAGUGUUGACAAGUCCCGUCAUCCCAUUCUCAAGCUCAACCAAAGAACGAUAUCAGAGAUUGCUAGUUACAAGCAACCAAUUGCGUUAAUCAAGGAUGUAAUGACAAGCACUUUUCUCCUGCUCGGUGAAAAGAAGCAAAUGUUAGAGAAAUGGACUUAUAUCCAGACCUUAUUGAGGAAAACUGGUAAAUACAACGUUAAGCGGAGAAUCCUGGUAUUCGAUACCCAAAACCUUCUGGAUGGUACAAUCGAGAUGGCCAGUCAUUUCCUGGCUGGUCACAGUAUGGCUGAGGUUAGUGAGUGCAGCGCUGGAGCAGGGACCUUCUUCAAAUGGAGCUCCGGUAUAAUAAACGAAGCGGGGUAUGGGAAGGGAAGUGUACAGAAGGAAUCGAGUGAAGACACAGACGCAGGAGAGGCAGCGGACAACACAUCUCGUGACGUCACACCGGCUGACGUCACGUCAUCUGGUGUGGAAGAGUCACCAGAUGAUAAUUAAUAUGUAUAUAUCUUUGUGCCAGAGAAGAGAGACAUCUAACCAAUACACUAAGAGAAGAUUGAACCAGUCAGGCUAUUAUAACAUGAGCGUGUGGCGGGUGGAGGAAGGGAAAGAACUAUGUGACAAUGAAUUCUUUAGGUGAACAUGCUGAAGUAAGUUCUGACGGAAGUGAGCUAUACAGAAAGUAUCACAGUAGCCUGUCUGAAGUAUGGUAUAUUUAUACUAUGCAAUAAUUUUAUGAGGAGUGGCUGUUAGUUUAAUGGUAUGGAGUUCAACCACAUUACUUCGAAACAGGCCUAGGUUUUGUGAUUUGCUUCAUAGCAGAAUUCAAAGUUUAAAGAAUAGAUAAGUUAAUAAACUCAUCUGCGCUCAUCGGUAGUCUUAUGCCUUUACGUUGAUAAGCAAUGAAAAGUUGAAACGGACAAUAGCCGUGAAGUUGAGCACAUCUGCCAUUUUUCUCUAAAUGAGACUUUCACUCGCGCUGCUGUAUGUUACGUGAGCAUGCAUGCGAGUCUCGCUCUGCGGAGAGCUGCCCACUCGGUGUUGCCAUUAUGGCCCAAUCCUUUGUCACAAAAACUCAUAAAAAAAACCUUUGCUCAUAUUCUUCCUCGUGUAAACCGCUGUAUCCUAGUGUCACCGUCAUUUCAGAAAAACAAAUACAGGAAAUAGGAUUUGAAGAGUUGUAAGAUUCACCCAGCCAAAGUUAGCGACUAGUUACCUAUUCCCUGUUCCUUAUUCUAAGAUAGGUGAGGCUUCAGAAGAUGCACUCGCAUGUCGACUAUUAGCUUGUUUAACAGUAUAAGGCGUCUGCGCAUUUCCACUUGAUAGCCGAUUUUCUGACCAUCUUUUCAUAUAAGGGAAGUUAAAUAUACAUUAUUGUCCACCAGUUACACCAGUCAGAUAGUUUCAGAGGAAAAGAGGACCUUUAAAUCUGGCCUGUGGUCGUCUGUGGUCCACACCAGUCCAACUUUAAAGUCAAUAAAAUGGAGUCAUCCAGACUAUCUAGACCGCAAAAUGACCGAGAUAUGCAGUAAAACAUUAACGUCUAAUGAGUAUAUUGAAAAAAAGCUCUGGUGACAAAACCUUCAUUUGUGCCACCCAAGAAAGACAUUGCUUGCCAGAAGAAUUCAGUAUUAAACAUUCCAGGAAAUUUUUAUUGGGUAAGAAUGGGGUC